GGGCGCAUUUGCUUGCCGUUUGUCACAGUCGCGAUACCUCCAGUGCUGGUCUGGUUGCUGGCCAAAAACAAACGCGGAUCUCGCUGGCCUAGACUCAGGCUAAAUGGCCCCGUUGCUGCUGCUGCUGUUGCUAAGUUAACUGAAGCGGUGUACGCAAACACGACAAUUGGCCGAGAUCCCCGACACGUGAUCGAGGACGUUGUCGAGGAAAACGCGGACGAAUCCAAUCCACACGCUUCCUAUUACGACGGCGGUGAAGACUUUCCCCUAAAAACGGACGCUAACUGUGCCCCGGGCGAUCAGACGGCCUUAGUUCUGGCACCGCCCACAAAAUAUCACACAAUGGCCGUUAUUCCCGGGCGCUGUCUUCGAGGAUGCCUGGACAUAUUUUCUUUUGUUAUCUGUCUUAUACUUGUCAUUAUUCAAUUAGGACUGAUAGAUUACUACUAUCUCACUGUGUUAUCGGAUAGAAUUUGGUACUCAUGGAUUGGGGCUGACGCCCUUGUCAUCGUCGUCAUGUUGUGGUUACUUGUGCUUGCUCUUAAGUACAAUCAAACUCAAAUGGAGGAGGUAUGGAAAAGUGAAAUUUGCCUGGAUCGGAUGGCUCGUCUACUCAUUGGUGCUGGUCGGAAAAGUCGCCACAUGUUUCCGCCUUUUCUACAGCGAGCUACCACCGGACCAUUGGACAAUAAUGACAAACUUUUCGACGAUCACCUAUUCAAAUUGGGACUUUCGCUGUCCGUGCUGAUUUUCUUGUUCCUGCUUGAAGCUCAUCACUACACGCCCUUGAUGAGCGCUCGUCAACUCUAUAUUACUUAUCUGACUACUGCCAUUUGUCUUGAUCUCGUCGACAAUAUUUACUUUCUCGACCUCCUUUGGCAAUCUUUCGUAAGAAUCUGCUUAUGGUGGGAUAUCACAAUAUUGACAGUCGCAUGUGUGAAUUUUGUCAUGCCUACAUUCGCACUGCUGAAACUUCGUUUUGGACGAUUCCCACGACUCUUAUAUAUCAGUGAUAAAGUCUGGAGCUUACUCUAUGUGCUUAUCGUGAAUGGGCCAUUCCGUGGCCUCCGAAUUUUAUCUGCUAAGAUUUUGCUGGAAGGUCGAAGCAGAGGAAGACGCUACGAUCCUAGCCUAUUUGCCGUCAAAAAUAUCGCUAUGAUCUACUUGGCAGUGAGGGAGCUCUGGACUCGACUGCAGUACUGGCGAAUGAAACGACGAGCAACCGGAUCACGAGGAGAACUUACUGGCCAUAACAACACCGAUGAAGAACACUAG